AUGUCGCUAAAGGGCAUCGCUGUCCGUGGUCUUGUUGACUUCGCUGAACAGACAUACGAGAGUGAAUUGCUCUCGGUACUACCGGAGAAGAUCUCAUUCGAUCCGAGAACAGUGCAAAUAGCCAACGUGCCUCCGAAAACGGUGCUAAAUAAACAAAAUAUUCUAAUAAUGAUGUAUAGUUGCGUUCCUCAACCCAGUCCCACAACUCGCAGUUUCAUUGUAGCAGUCAUUAAUGCUAAUGUAGAAACACUUCGGCAUCUUCGAUUGAGCAUGAGAGCACAGCCAACAAGAAAGCCUCAGUACGUCUCUAGUACAAAGGUCCAAUCGACUUGGCCGGUGGACUUGGACUUCUCGCUGACGUAUACGCAACAGUUCGAGAGAUCAAUAACUGGAAACAUUGUUCUACAGCUUUAA